AUGUAUCCACCUUAUUCAUCUCAUUAUGCUGGAUCGCCUCAUUGCAAUAUGGGUUACGAAUAUCACACAUCAUCUACGACACCACCGCCGCCUGGCUAUGGAUAUUAUUCACCACGAUACUACACGACAUCUACACCAAAGACCUGCUCAUCAAAGCAUACUCGACGAGCGACUCAGGACUACUCUUAUCCUUCGGCCAAGACGACAUCUUACUACUACCCGGACUCGUAUGGCUACUCCUCCGGGUACACACGCAAGCCUGAACAUCACACGCCACCGCCACAGUACUCCGAGGCUGAUGAACACCCUUACUACCAGCAUCACCAAUCCACCCCUCAGCCUCGGCCAGAACCCCAACCACGAAAGCAGAGAGCCUCUUCCUACUCAGCCCCAAGACAGUCAGCACCUCGUGAAGCACCACCUAAGCCUCGCCAACAGGCACCACCCAAACGCGCUGUUGCCACCGAUCGCGAUGCGCGAGCAGCAGGUAUACCCGCCGGUUACAAUUUCAAGAACUGGGAUCCCAAUGAAGAGCCCAUCCUUCUUCUCGGCAGUGUCUUUGAUGCAAACAGCCUCGGAAAAUGGAUAUACGACUGGACAGUAGCCUUCCACGGACCCUCGACUCCCAUUACCGAAAUGGCCGGUGAUCUCUGGCUCUCCCUCAUCCAACUCGCUGGCAAAAUCAAACGCGCUGAAGAGAGCAUGCCUCGCAUCCGCCGCCGCGACGAUCGAGAACUCAUCGACGAUUUCCUCGAUAGUGGAGAAAGGCUUUGGGAACGUUUUAACAAGUUGUUGAAAGUGUGCGAGAAGCACAUGCUCAAGACUGCUAAGCGCGAUCGCGGAAGUGAAAAGUUGUACAUGGGCAACAAUUCGGGCAGAGAAUUUGUCGAGACUAUCUUUGGCAGGGACAGAGAACUGGAGAGGACGGAAAAACUGACCACGGGCAUCAGGCUUUGGAGCAUGAGGUUCGAUGCCAAUUGCGAGGAUGUCCUGAGGACUUCGAAGGGCCGUUGA